AUGCCCGGAAUCUGGCCUCGCGAUUUGGCGGAUGCGGAUGAAAGACCAACGGCCCCGCUUGCCAGUCAUCGGCUUCUCCCUCCUCCCAAUGGUACGUACAUGCCCGGCAGUACACCCCCGUCUCGACGAUCCGUGUCUUCCGAUCAAAGUACGGCAGCGCGACCGUUGCGCGGAGACGCCACUCUGCAUCUUCGUCUCUCCGCCCUGCGGCCCCUGAGUCUCCUCCCAUCUGCGCAAUCUGCGCUCGUACUCCCUGGCGGCGGAAUGUUCGCGCUCCCUGGCGGCGCGCUGCACGGCCUCGUAGCUCCCGUGGAUGCGCACCGCCAGCGCCAGGGCCUGCCCGGAGUCCGCGAUCCGGGUCAGGCGGCAGGGGGGGCAAUUCGACGUGGUGCGGAUGAGGGGGAGGUGGGGCUGUGCGUUGAUGGUGCUGAUUUCCCGACGCGACAGGGCGUACCUGCAGAAGAGAUCGGUCGCCAGGCUGGGCUGGUACUCGCGGCGGAGGGCGUUGCAUUUGCAGCACGAGCGCGUGGGCGUGGGGAGGUACAGGGGGGGACCGAAUUCGCGGCAGGUCCGGCACCAGGGGUGGCAGAACUCGGUGAAGAGGGCGCCGAUGGGGAAAUAGGAGGAACAGCGCGCUGCGUCCAUUGCGCGGAGCGUCUCGAGGGCGUGGGUCCGGAGCAGGGCGUAUGCGGGGAGGGACUCGACCAGGCAGCGAGCUCUCUUGUUGGCGAGGCGGAGCUUGUUGAGGCUGGUGUCGUCGAUCCUGAGCAGGAUCUCGUGCAGAAGCUCGAGGGGCAAGCGGGCCAGCAAGCCGAUUGUUUUGGGCCUGCCUCUGGAGCCUUUCGAGGGCGGGGCCUUGUAGAGGGUUAG